CACUGCUUCAGUGAGAUGUUUUUCACGACCUUCUCUUAGUAGAAGGCCGCGCCUCACUUCUCGCCCCUUGCGUGCUCGGGACAUCCAUCUCUGAUCUUAAACAAGUGCUGGGGUCCUAGCAAAACGUGUUCAAGUCGUGAAAAUGGUCUACAUCCGCCACGAGCAGCUCGAAAGGCUCAAAGAAUACCAGUAUUCCGGUGUUGAUCACAGUCUAAUAUCUCGCUACGUCCUCAAGCCGUACUGGUGGAGUCAAGUCAUCAAGGUCUUCCCGCUAUCCGUCGCUCCCAAUGCAAUCACACUUGCUGGCUUUGGCUUCGUCAUCAUCAAUAUACUGACUAUGCUUUACUACACUCCAACGCUGGACCAGGACUGUCCGCCCUGGGUUUACGCUUCCUGGUCUAUCGGGCUGUUCCUGUAUCAGACCUUCGACGCAAUUGACGGAGCACAAGCACGACGUACACGCCAGAGCGGUCCACUUGGCGAGCUAUUCGACCACGGAGUCGAUGCGCUGAACACCUGCCUCGAGACGUUGCUAUUCGCCGCGACGAUGAAGUUGGGACAGACUUGGCGGACGAUGUUCCCGCUUUUCGGCACGUUACUUACUUUCUACGUCCAGACGUGGGAUGAGUAUCACACCAAGACUCUGACUCUAGGGUUGAUGUCCGGUCCCGUUGAAGGCGUCUUGUUGCAGUGCUACGUCUUUGCUUUUACCGCGCUUAAAGGUGGAGGAUGGUAUUGGGAGCAGCCUGCCCUGCCCACAUUAGGCUUUCCGUAUAUGGACUUCCUGCCGCGAGAUCUGUAUGAGCUGGACUUCGGGAGCUUCUUCAUGGUUGUCGCGGGCGUCUUGUUGGUGUGCAAUACGGCUGAGAGCAUUUUCAACGUCGUUUCUGCUCGAACGAAGCGUGGCGAGCCUGCAGUCACCGCGAUGUUGGGACUUGCUCCCUUUUUUGCCAUCUGGACGUUGAUCGUUGCGUACCUUGCGCUCCAACCGGUCGUACUAACGAGCCAUCUGGUUCCCUUCGUCUUCUACGUCGGCCUCAUUAACUCCUACAGCGUGGGCCAGAUGAUCACGGCACACCUUACCAAGUCAGCUUUCCCAUACCAGAAUGUCCUGGCCCUACCUCUGCUCAUCGGCGUGAUCGAUGCAAUAGGUCCGAAGGCACAGGAGACUGUUGGCAUGGGUUGGCCUAGUGUAUUUGGCAGCGGAGUCUACCAAGUCGGCUUUAUGUUCGUCUGCCUGGGCUUUGCAAUCGGCGUCUACGGCAGCUUUGUCAUUGAUGUGAUUGUCACGAUCUGCGAUUACCUGGACAUUUGGUGCUUGCGGAUCAAGCAUCCCUGGACUGCUGAGCUGGAGCAAACCGACAGGAAGAAGAUCAACUAAGUCCGGGCAGCGUACUCCGCCAUUCGAAGCUCCCCGCCUUGCCCCGCCUCCUCUGCCUUCGAAGAAUAUCUUAGUCUUUAGUGCUAGUGAUGAUGGCCACGACAAUGCUCCGCUCAACCGGUGAUAGCGUGGUGUUAUAGCGAGGAUGCGGCUAGAUUGGAACUGUAAUAGUCAAGGGCGGAAUGGCAAGUUGUAGCUUAAACUACGCUUUGUGAAGCACAACCACUUUGCUAA